AUGAGCGAUCCAGAACCAUCCAGAAUAAAACAUGAAGAUACUGAGGAACAAAUAGACCAGGUGAGAGUGAUAGAGCAAAGACAAGAACCGAAUGAAGUGAAGGAGGAACAUCAUAACUUUACAAUUGAAAGAACAAAAGCUAAGAAGACGCACACCUGCACUCAGUGUGGAAAGAGUUUCACAUGGGAAGGACAACUUAACAGACACCUGAGAAUUCACACUGGAGAGAAACCGUUUACAUGCACUCAGUGUGGAAAGAGUUUUUCUCAAGCAUCACAUCUCGGUGUUCAUCUGCUCAUUCACUCUGGAGAAAAAACAUUUAACUGUGAUCAGUGUGGUAAAGAUUUUAUUUCAUCAUCAAAUCUAAAAUCACAUCUGAAAGUUCAUUCAGAUGAGAAGCCUUAUGUGUGUUCUCUCUGUGGAAAGAGUUUUUCAUGGCUGGAAAAUUUUAAACGGCACCAGAAAACACACAAUGAAGUGAGAGAUUAUAUGUGCUUUGACUGUGGGAAGAGCUUUACUACAUCUCAUGAUCUGAAACGGCAUCAAAGAAUUCAUACUGGAGAAAAACCUUACAAGUGCUCAUAUUGUGACAAGAGUUUCACUCGGUCUGGAAACCUGAAAUCACACGAGCGAGUUCAUACUGGAGAGAAGCCGUACGACUGUACUCAGUGUGGGAAGAGUUUCACAAAGAAAGGAACCCUUGACACACACAUGAGAAUUCACACUGGAGAGAAACCGUAUACAUGCACUCAGUGUGGAAAGAGUUUUUCUCAAUCAUCAACUCUCAGUUAUCAUCUGCUCAUUCACUCUAGAGAAAAAACAUUUAACUGUGAUCAGUGUGGUAAAGAUUUUAUUUCAUCAGCAAAUCUAAAAUCACACCUGAAAGUCCAUUCAGAUGAGAAGCCUUAUGUGUGUUCUCUCUGUGGAAAGAGUUUUUCACGCCUGAACUGUUUUUAUCGGCACCAGAAAACACACAAUGAAGUGAGAGAUUAUAUGUGCUGUGACUGUGGGAAGAGCUUUACUACAUCUUGUGAUCUGAAACGGCAUCAAAGAAUUCAUACUGGAGAAAAACCUUACAAGUGCUCAUAUUGUGACAAGAGUUUCACUCGGUCUGGAAACCUGAAAAAACAUGAGCGAGUUCAUACUGGAGAGAAGCCGUACGACUGUACUCAGUGUGGAAAGAGUUAGUAUGUUUUUUAGAUCAAAAAUUGUCAUAAUUUAGAAAUAAAGGGCAUUUUUCCUA